GUUUAGCGCGCUUCUUGAACCUACUGGCACAGAUUGAUGCUAUUGGAUUUCGACUUCUCUACACACCAUCAGUUACAACCGUUCGAGGGGAUAUUUAAUAACUGAGUGAAGCGCGUUUUUAGUGGUUAUUCUAAGAGGAGCUUUCAAGUUCGUUCUACCUUCUAAUUAUACAUCUUACCUUCCAGUUUGAUGCAAGCGCGCUGAAAGACAAAAGUUAGAAUCUCACAAACUAUUAUUUUCAAUUGGAUGAAUAUUUGUAACCAAGGCAACUGUAAACACCACCACCACCAACUAUCCUACUCAAUUCAAUAUUUAUCUUUAUUAAAUGUAUCGUCGAUUAUUUAAAAGAAAACAUGAUCUAUCACCACGUAUAAUAUAUCCAAGUACAUUAAUGCAAUAUGAUAAACAUAAUACUACUACUAUACAUUAUAAAUCUGCAUUGAAUUAUAUUAAAACAACUAAAUAUACAUUAUUAACAUUUAUACCAUAUAAUUUAUGGGAACAAUUACAUCGUUUUGCUAAUAUUUAUUUUAUAUUUAUAUUAAUAUUAAAUUUUAUACCAGAAAUUGAUGCAUUCGCUAAAGAGAUAGCACCAAUCCCAGUAUUAAUUACAUUAAUUAUAGUUGCUAUUAAAGAUGCCUAUGAAGAUUUUAGAAGAUAUUUAUUAGAUCGUAAAGUCAAUAAAAAACCAUGUGAAGUUUAUUCAGUACAAGAAAAACAGUACAUCAUUGAUCAAUGGCAAUAUCUUCGUCCAGGAGAUUUUGUUCGUUUACAUACUAAUGAUAUAAUUCCAGCUGAUAUUUUAUUAUUAGCUACAUCAAAUAGUACCGGAAUUUGUCAUAUUGAAACAUCAAAUUUAGACGGUGAAUCUAAUUUAAAACAACGUGAAAUUAUUUCCAAUUUGUUGAAUAAAGAUGAAUUUUCACCAUUGACAUUCCUUUAUCCAAUUGAAGUAGAAGCUCCAAGUCCUGAAUUAUAUAAAUUCCAUGGGAAAAUUAUACUACCAGAAAUACGUAUUCCUAUUCACAAGAAUAAUAUGUUACUAAGAGGUUGUGUAUUACGUAAUACGGACUAUGUGAUAGGUAUUGUUAUCUAUGCAGGUUGUGAAACAAAGGCAGCUUUGAAUAAUUCUGGUGUUCGAUUCAAAAGAAGUAAACUGGAAAAACAAAUUAAUUUAGAUGUUAUAUGGUGUGUACUUAUUCUAGUUGUAGUCUGUGUCACUGGAGCUAUUGGUAGCGCUGUUUGGCAUCAGAAUUUACCAGGCGAUGAUGUAUUGUUCGUUGCACUUGACAGAAAUUCUUCAACUUCAACACCUGCUUAUCAAGGUUUUCUCAAUUUUUGGAGAUUUGUAAUCAUUUUUCAAACUAUUAUACCGUUACCAUUGUAUGUAACAAUUGAAUUUGUUAAAAUGCAUCAAGUAUGGCAUAUGAAUAAUGAUUUACAAUUAUAUGAUAGUAAUUUAGAUAGACGUAUUGAAAUACGUACAUUUAAUAUUCCUGAAGAUUUAGGUCAAAUUGAAUAUGUAUUCACUGAUAAAACAGGUACAUUAACAGAGAAUAAAAUGGAAUUUAAACGUGCUAGUAUUAAUGGAAAAGAUUAUCAUACAGAUGAUGGUGAUUAUCAUGAAAAUAACGAUCAAUUCAGUAAUCAUUCUUCACCAAAGCAUAUUGUAACAAAUUUAAAUACAUUACAGAGUAUAUUAGAGAAUAGAACAAUUUUUUCUUAUCAUCAAAAGACUAUCAAUAAUGAUAUGGAAUAUUCUGAUCAUAGUUCCAGGAAUUAUUAUUUCAAUACUGAUAAAGAAAUAAAUAAUAUUGAAUUUAUUACAAUACAACCAUCUAAUGAGAUACCAUCAACUAGUCAUAUUCAAAUGGAUGAUACUAAUACUCCAUCUUACUAUUUAUCUCAUUCUAUAUCAUCACCAUCAUCUCAACAAAACAAUUUAAAUAUUGAAAAACAAUCGAAAAUGAAUGAAAAAUCUGAUCAUUUAUUAAAUGAAAAAUGUAAUUCUAUAGAAAACAAAUCAAAACCAUUAGAUAAUCAAGUUUUGUUAAGUGAAGAAAUACGUAUUCAAGAUUUUUUCUUAGCUUUAGCUAUAUGUAAUACAACUGUAGUGUCUGUUACAAAGAAUACUCCAACAAUGUUUCAAGAACCACCUCCACGUCGUAAAGGAUUUCGUGAUUUCUUUCGUUCUGGUAAAUUCAAUUCAGUUACAUAUCUACAUCAGAAGUUACGCAAAACUAAACAGCAACAACAACAACAAAGUCAACCUAGUACAACACUAUUAGGUAAAUCUAACAUCAUAAUAAAAGAUAAAAUAGAUAAUAAUAAUGAUAAUCAUCAUUUAUCACGAGUUAAACAAACAAUUAACUUAUCUAAUCUAUUUUCAAAUAAAUUACGUUCAACUAAAAUUGAUAAAACAAAUACUCAAUCAGACAAAUUGAAUGAUCAUCAUCAUCAUCAUGAUCAUAAUAGUAACAUAUCUUCUAAUCUCUUAGUUACUAACAAUAUAAAUCAUAACACCAUAAUUAAUCAUACUAAUCUUAUUAAUCAUGAAGAAACUAGUCAAGAAACAUUUAUCAUGGAUGAUUCUAUUUCUACUAAAUUAGAUGAUAUAGAAAUACAAUCAAUAAAGACUAAUGAAAAUUAUCAUAGAAAUGAAAUCAAUCAAAUCGAUAAUAAUAAUAAUAAUAAUAAUAAUAAUAAUCAAUUAUUAAAAAUCAAUAAUAUCAAUAUUAAUUCAGCUAGAUUAUUUAAUGAAUUCACGAAAGAUAAUUAUUAUAAAGAAUCUAUCUUGUAUUAUUAUUCAAGUCGUUGUUUACCACCAGUUAUUGAAGCAUUAAAUUUAGAUAUAAUAUUCAAAAAUUCUAAUCAUAUAUUAAAUAAUAAUAAUAUACAAAUGAAUAUAGAAAAUAAAAAAUUUAUUGGACAUUGUAUAUUACCACAAUAUGAAAAUAAUCAUUUAAGUUCAUAUAAUAGUAGUAGUAUAUCCAUGGAUGAAUUAAAUUUACAUCAUUCUUCAAUUUAUAUACAACAAUCAGAUUUUGAAUCAUUAGAAUCAGCUAAUCAUCGUUUCGAUCUGAAUAAAGAUAUUAAAUUAGAUAACCAACAUGAUAAUGAUGAAAAUCUCACUAUGCUCAAGGAUUUAAAACUCAAUCUUGUCAAGGAGAAAAGUGUUCAAAAUGAUAAAAAUCAAUUGGAAGAAGAAUUAGAAAUAAAUACAGCUAGAACUCUUACAGUACGUAUACACAAUGGUAGUUCAUUUGAGUUACCUAUUGAAUCUGAUAUUUAUGCACAAACUCCAUCUGAAUUAAAACAAUGUCCAUUAUCAGAUAAUACUUUAUUUAAUUCUUAUGAAUCUGAAAGUCCUGAUGAAAUAUGUUUAGUAAAAGAGGCAUGUAAACGAAAUUACAAAUUAUUACAACGUGGUGUUGACUUCAUAUUAUUAUGGUUACCAAAAGAUGGACUUGUUUGUAUACAUGUACUACGUAUUCUACCAUUUGAUUCAAAAAGAAAACGUAUGUCUAUUAUAUUUCGUCAUCCAUAUACAAAUGAACCAAUUUUAUUUACAAAAGGUGCAGAUUCAUCAAUUAUGAAUCGUUUAGAUAAUACAGGAUUGAAUUCACGUGAAUUAAUAACUGCUACACAGGAACAAAUCGAUCAUUAUUCACGUUUGGGUUUAAGAACAUUAGUUAUAGCUGAACGAUUAUUGACAGAAGAUGAACUUCAUGAAUGGUUAAAAGAAGUCUAUGAAAUAGAAACUGGAGAUGAAAAUUCAACAGAAGCCAUGAUGAUAAUGAUGGACAAAUUAGAGCGUAAUUUUAUUCUUUUAGGUGCUACAGGUAUAGAAGAUCGUUUACAAAAUGGUGUACCAGAAACUAUUGACGCGUUACGUGAAGCUGGUAUGCAUGUAUGGAUGUUAACAGGUGAUAAACAAGAGACUGCAGUGAAUAUUGCUCGUUCGGCUAAUCUGAUUACACCACAACAUAGAGUAAUGUAUAUUAAUUCACGUUCAGAGGCUCGUAUAGAAUAUCUUUUAAAUUCAUAUUUAUACAAUAUUAUUAGUGGACAAUUAUGGGAUUGUUCUAAUGAAUUAGAUGAUAAACUUGAAAAAUUUACUAAUCCACGUUAUUCUAAUUCUCAACAACAACAACAACAACAACAACAACAACACAAUAACAAAAAUCAUCAAACUAAUCAUAAAUCUAAAAGAAAAUCUAAUCUACAUCGAUCAUUUUCACAUUCACCACAUCGUAGUCGUACUAUACAUCGUGUACGUAUUAUACCUACACAAAAACCAUCUUCAUUACCACGUGAUAUUACUUAUUUUCAUGAAUAUAAUAAUACUACUAAUAAUAAUAAUAAAAAAACAAAACAAAAAAAUUUUUUUAAUUUUUCAAAAUUUCUUAAAUAUUAUCGUUUGUUGACAAGACAACAACAUCAUCCUAAACGUAAAGUAACUAAUUAUAAAAGGCAUAGCAACAAUAAUCAUAAUAUGGAUAAUUAUAUUCCAUUAGCUUUAGUUAUUGAUGGUGAAAGUUUAAAUUAUGUAUUAAAUAAUGAAAGAAAUAAAUCACAAUUUAUUAAAUUAUGUGAUAUGUGUACAAAUAUUAUAUGUUGUCGAUCAACUCCUGGACAAAAAGCCGCUGUAGUUAGUUUAGUUAAAGAUCAAUUAAAUGCUCAAACAUUAGCUAUUGGUGAUGGUGCAAAUGAUGUAAAUAUGAUACAAGUAGCUAAUGUUGGAAUUGGUAUUAAUAGUGGUGAAGAAGGUAUGCAAGCUGUUAUGGCAUCGGAUUUUGCUAUUAGUCGAUUUUAUUUACUUAAACAAUUAUUACUUGUACAUGGACAUUGGUGUUAUGAUAAACUUGCACAUGCUUCUUUGUAUUUAUUUUAUAAAGAUGCAAUUUAUAUAUUUCUAUUAUUCUGGUUUCAAAUGUUCAAUGGUUUUUCCGGUAGUAAUGCAAUUGAUCAAUUAUCACAAAUAUUAUUUAGUGUUACAAUGACUAGUUUACCACCAUUUAUUAUGGGUAUUUGGGAUAAUCCAUUAGAUGAUAAAACUUUAUUAGCUAAUCCUAUAUUAUAUAGAUCUGGAAUAAAUGGUAAUGCCUAUCGUCCAUGGUUAUUUUGGAUGAAUAUUUUCGAUGCAUUAUGGCAAAGUUUAAUUAUAUUUUUUCUAUCAUAUUUUACUUAUUCGGACGAUAAUAUUGGUUUAUGGGAAUUUGGAUUAUUUCAAACAAAUGCAACAAUUCUAUGUACAUUAUUUCAUUCAUUAAUAAUCACUAGGACAUUGGUAUGUCCUGUGGCUAUGUAAACUUGCAUGAAACUUUCACCCACGGUUGCAUAUUAACUGAUAUUGGCAAUCUGAUAUUGAACGAAUUACACUAUGCUGACGUAAUAUCACGUAAUUGUUGAGCGUACUGUCCUUUGUAAGAAUCCUGAUCUUUUUCAGCAUUCCUACGCUUCUGGCUAGUUCAUUAUUCACUGAAUCAUUAACAAAGUUAUAUUACAUGCAGUUAGCUUUUUUGUUAGUUAUAUUCUAUCAUAUUUAAUAUUUACAAUGAUCUAUCAUACAUUUGCUGUUACUGUUGUUCCACCUGAAUGUCCUUAUCGAAUUAUUUUCCGAGUAAUGAAUGAUAUCAAGUUUUGGUUAUUAACAUUGGUUACUAUUAUUUUGGCAUUACUACCCAGAUUACUUAUAAUUAUCAUUAAAAAUACUUUCUAUCCAAAUAUGGAUACUAUUGGUAAUUUACUUGCAAAAUAUUUAGGUCGUGGUAAACAUUUACCAUUAGAACCAUAUUUAUUACAUAUACCAUAUUCAUUAAUGAUGAGAAAUCGAUUUUCUAUACAAUCAACAAUCAAUCAUUUAUCAUCUUGUAUAUCUGAAAUCAAUUUAAAUAAUCAAUUAAUCAAUAAAUCUUAUAAAAAUAAUAAUUUAAUAGAAUAUAAUUCAUCAUUAACUCCUAUAUCAUUAUCAUCAUCAUCAUCAUCAUCAUCAGAUAUUCAAUCAAAUUUAAUUAAAUUAAAUGAAACACCAAUACAUUUAAUAAAACAUUUACAUCAAUUACUGAAUGUGAGUAGUCAAUUAAUGAGAGGUGUACAACCUAUUCAUCAUUUAUAUGUUGAAGACAUUUCAAGGAAUUCAAUAGGAAUAGAUAAUCCUCAUCAGCAACAGCAUCAUCAUCAACAUCAACGAUCUAGUACUAUACCUAGAAUUAUAACAGAUUAUAAUAAUUGUCAAUAUGAUCAAAAUGAUAUACAUAAACGUCAUCAUCAUCGACAUUAUCAUACAUUUAAUGGUAGAUUAUUAAUAAAACAACAAAAUAAAACUGAUUUUGAUGAUGAAACUAAUGAUAAAGAUUUUGAUAAAUCAAAAAUAUCUUCUAUUUGGCCAGCAAUCAAUCCUAAUAAUAGAAUAAGAAAUAGUAUUCAAGCUUCAAAUAGUUCAAUGAAUAUUGAUCUUUCAACUAUUGGUCAUAGGAGUAGAGGAUCAAAAUGUCAAAAACAAACACAACAACAACAAUACUUCACAUAUCCUUCAGCUCGAUAUUCAUCUGGACAUAGACCGCCUUUAUGUCAAAACGGACAUUUUCCUUUCGAAUUAGAUCCAAGAGAAUAUUCGUCCACUAAUCAAUCUCAGGAAGAAAUUAACGAAUCUUAAGAAUUAUUCACUCAAUAGACAAUAUUUUACAAAAACCUUUGUGCCUCUUUGUUUUUUUUAGAACUAAACGAUUUUAAUUAGAUUCAGUUUCUUAAUUUUUAACACUUUUAAUCUGUAUGAAAUGUUCACUUCUUGUAAAUAAAUUCCUUCUCGUUUUCUAAAUGGUUAAUUCUACUCAUUUGCAACUAUAUAUUCGCUAACUUCUUGUCUAUUCCUUACACGCAACAUUGUACAGAUUAAUAUUAUUAUAGUGUGUAUAGCAAUACUAUUCAUACUGCUUUAGAUAAUAUUCUGAGGAUGAUAUAUGCUAACUAACUAAACUAACAAACAUUUGUGUUUGUAUCAUUGUGUAGUAGGUAUACUCAGUCCUAAAUCUCUCACCUUUUAUUCCAAAAAGGAAAAUAAUAAUAAUGCCAAUCCACUUGUUCGUUUAUUUAUUGUCAGUUCUUCUAAACGAAUCCACAUUCAAACUGGGAAGUUGUCGUGAUUAGGAAAAUUAUGACAAAUAGCCCUGAUUCUAUUUUCUUGUAUAGGUAUCAUUGAGUGAUAUUAGUGUGGACAGAAUUAGCUUUCUAGUGUUUCUUGAUCAGAACUUGUUGUUAUUACUGUCUUUACACUGAAUAUCAGGAGUUUGUGUAUCAGUCAAUGUCAGACUAAUUUGUUUUCUGUUUAUGUAAGGAGUUAGAUAUUUUAAAGUCUCUUAUGCCAAAAAUCAUAAGGUGCCUAGGAAGCAUCUGUAUUCAAUGAUACAUACAAAUCGGUAAACCUGAGAGCGUCAUCUUUACAGCCUUCGAGAUGAACUAAAGGAUAAGUUUUAAAGAAAGCUUUCUCUUCUACCACAGAACGUUAAGCCCCCUCAAGUCUUUAUUGUAGCAGGAGAUUUUAGUACUUAAAUAGAUAGCUUAAAUCAGGGUAAAAGAUGCCCAGGUGGCUCUUACAGUGACCUAGCUCAAAGAACAGAAAACGGCAACCUUAUACAGCAAUUAACUAUAGACAAGUUUAUUCUUGCCAAGCAACGACUUUCAGAGUAAGGAAAGAUAUCGACCAACACGAUGACCCUUAAGACCGACCAGAUAAACCUCACUUCCAUCAGCCAUCGUUGGCGGUAGAAGACUCCCGUCUACUCUGGGGUACAUAAUUCGGUUUCGAUUAUACUCUAGUGCGAGCGUGUUCGUCUGGGUGCAGAAAAACCACGACAAGAAUCUCAGCAGUGUAUUUCAAGAACUAGAGAGUCUCCUUAUGGAAAUGAUCCACUCAACCUGAAAGACUGGGACUAUGGGCAGAAUACUGAAGGAUAGCUUAAGUGGUCUCCAACCACCUUCCUGCUGCCUACUGUUACUAAACAGCCUAGUCUGGACAUCUACCCAUUUGCGUAAGAAGUUGAGAAAACCAUAACAUGUCACAACCGGGAAACCACCGGUCCACGAUUUACUUCUGGAGACGGCUGUCCGGUUUUAGCAGAUAGACUGAUACUACUCAAAACCAGGAAAAUAAACACAAUUAUACUCGACUAAUGUUGAUCUCAAUUUACAAGACAAGAAUCCCAUUGAGCUAACCACAGAGGAAUCAGUUUACCUAAUAGUGUCUACAAUAUUAGCCUCACUAAUGACCCAGCGCUCAAAUAGGGCUCAUAAAUAGAACAAAAAAAGUUAAUUUUAGACUCAAAAAUCGACACCAAAUAUUCGCCCUUUCUCAGGUCCUGAAAUACAGACAUAACCACCGCCAAACAGCCAUACCUGUAUUUACCGACCCGAAGACGUUUAACUAUUUAGAUCGACAGUUUCACGUCAAUUCCUGUCAUUAAAAAACAUAACAAGAAAGUCCACUAACCUUGCACAUGCUCUACUCGAACACCACUAAUCAAAUCAGAGCUCAUCGUAAACUGUCAUUGAACUUGACGAAUUCAACCGGUGUUCGUCAAACUUGUUAAUGUUCCCUAUCUCAAUUCAAGUUUACUGUAAAUAUGCUUUUAGAAGUACCACAUUUAUCAUCCAUAUCAGGAAUCGAUCUCCUACCAGGAGGUUCACUCAUUGACUCCGAAUACACAUACGAGAUAGUUCAGGUCGCUAUAAGCAACAAAGGGAACAGAUUUAGUACGCAUUUCUCUCCCUCCAAAUGCAAGAUUUUGCUUCAAGACAGGUUUUAUGACGAAACCCACUUCCCAUUUUGACGCAGGAUGAUGGGUGUAGUAGGCUGGAAUAAGGCUAGGGGUGAUUAAGCCUUAGUGUUACAUUAAUCCAUGGAGACAGACUACGGGACUGAGUUAUGUCAGUAGGUAUAGACUACCUGGUUUUGACCUACGCAAUUAUUGUAAGCAAUGAUGCGACUAUUUGUCAUGGAUGAGUCAUCCACAUUGAUGCGUGUGCACUUCUACCAUUCAGUUCGGAAGUUCAUAUUUCCCUUAUGUACACCACUUAUCAUAACUUGUCUACUGAGGUGUGAUGGCUUGGACCGAUUUACAGAAGCGGCAGGCUGUAUAUAAAACUUGAAUAUUGGAUACGCUUACAUCAACGUAAAUGUAUGACAUCGGUCGGAGUAGCACGUAACUAUAUCACAAUAAAUCUAAGCGGCGAUUAUUUAGAAGUGGUGAAUCUCAAUAUUUGGAUCAGAUGCAACUGGAAAUAUUGAACUCAUUCUUGCAAAUUAUAAAUUAAUCGAUCUCUUUUCCAGUUCAUAAGUAUUAGGCGACUAGAUACUGAAAU